GUGACGUACUGAAAGGACUUCCUUUGGUAAAUCUCUCGAGUGGGAGAAGAGACCCGAGGAUUGUGAGGAAGACACAACUUAAAUUGAAGGAGCAAUGGAUAGUGAAGAGAAAACAUAUGGGGGCUGUGAAGGCCCAGAUGCGAUGUAUGUAAAGCUGAUCUCCUCAGAUGGCCAUGAGUUCAUUGUGAAGAGAGAGCAUGCCUUGACCUCGGGAACAAUCAAAGCCAUGUUGAGUGGUCCUGGUCAGUUUGCUGAGAAUGAAACCAAUGAAGUCAAUUUCAGAGAGAUCCCUUCUCAUGUCCUUUCCAAAGUGUGCAUGUACUUCACCUACAAAGUUCGCUACACCAACAGUUCAACAGAAAUCCCUGAAUUCCCCAUUGCACCAGAGAUAGCACUGGAACUUCUGAUGGCUGCAAACUUCUUGGAUUGUUAAAAGGAAAUAACAAAGCUGAAUAUUGUACUUUUUUACUUUUUAUGUUUGAUUAUUUAACUUUUUUGCCAUAUACUAAAGACAAAGAUGUAAAAGUGUUUUGUCUUUUCUCCUUAUUUUGCACAAUGACCAUCUUUUCAAUUACCAAGUUUCAUCUUGUAAACAGUAUAAUUUUAAUAUAAUAAACAGAUUUGGCUCUCCAA